GCAUGCGCAAAGAGAUCGGACAGUUCUGCUAGAUUAAUGACAAUAACGUCAAGCUUGCUAGCUGCAAUAUAAGCAAAUAUAAGAUGAAAGAAGCUAGCUGGGCGCUAAUAAGUCGGUGUUUAUGCUUGUCGUCUAUUAUAUACGUAGUCAUGUCGUAUAACAUACAUCUUUAAUUCGUCAUGUCAGGAUAAAAAUCGUCUUAGUGCGCGGGAAGCUUCUCAGGCUAGUUUAGCUUGCUAGCAGCCAGCUAAUAAAGAGAGUCGGAAGUAUUGAACACGUCAAAAAUCGGAGAUAAAGUCUAAGUGUUAAGUGUUGUGAUUGUGUGAACAUGUGCGAAAGAGCGAUAGCAGAGUACGAGGUCAAACGUUCUCAAACAGAAGAUGAGAAAAAUCGACGACGUCAACUACUGGACGCUGUUUUCAGGAAACAUCAAGGUGUGUUACUCCGAGCAGAUGUCAGUGAGACUCUUUCCCCAGCGGAGCAGGAGUUGCCACCACUCCCUCACAUUAAAGAGGAAGAAGAGGAACGCUGCAUCAGUCAGCAGGGAGAGAAUCUUGACGGACUGGAGGAGCUCCCAUGGAUUCGUGUCGUUGUAAAGAGCGAAGAUGAUGAAGAAGAGGCAGUUGAUGAAGAUCACUGUGGAAGAUCACAAGCAGACAGCCUCUUAGCUCCACUAUCAGACACAAUGUCACACUCUCCUGACACCGAUGAUGAAGACUUGUCAUGUCAAAUUGACAACACGCACUGGAAAUGUUUCCAGUGUGACAAAACAUUUAAUGACCGUAGUAAUCUGAAAAGACACAUAAGAAGCCACACGGGGGAAAAACCAUUUAUGUGUUUAGUUUGUGGUAAGAAAUUCUCUCAGAAAGUACACUUGGUCACACACACAAGAAUACACACAGGAAAGAAGGCUUUUUCAUGUUCGGUGUGUGGUGUCGAUUUUGAACGAAAGCAAGAUCUGAAAAUGCACAUGAGAAUACACACCGGUGAAAAACAUUUUACCUGUUCAGUCUGUGGUAUUGGUUUUGCACAAAAUCGCUAUUUGAAAAAACACAUGAGAAGACACACCGGGGAAAAGCCAUAUUUCUGUUCAAUCUGCAACAAAUGCUUUUCUGACCGAACACCACUUGUAGUCCACAUGAGAACUCACACGGGUGAGAAAGUGUUGGGUUGCAGUGGGUGUAAAGAAAGAUUCUCUUAUAAGUACCAGCUUAACAAUCACAAGUGUGCUGGUGAGAAGGACAGCACUACAUAAAGCCGCAGGUGUUGUCACCAAUGUAAUAACUUUGACUUUUUAACAUGUGUGACAUUGUCGUUGUAACAUGCUUCUUACCAUUUCAACAAACUUCAUUGCUUUUUGAUCGGGGUACAUAAUAGAAAAGUGUGUACAUUGAUACAAAUUUCCCCCUAGAAAAUAAUGAUUAAUUGGUUCCAGACUCAACAAAAGUUAUGUUUGUGAAAGUCUGUACAUGUUAAACACAAUUGUGAUGGGUCAAAUGAUAACAAAGCAUUUAUACAUUAUGAAACACAGUUAUACUGUGUCCAUUGUUGCCUCGGUGUGUCACUUUAAGAAAAAGAAAAACAAUACAGCUUCUGUGUAAUUAAAACACUCCUUUCGGCUUACGAGUGACAGCUCCUACUGAAAGAAGUCAGAGGAGUGGCGUGCCGCGUUUGACAUCGGUAUUCGUCGCCUUCAUCGAUCUAAACGGAACUAAGUAAAAGGAAACAUCCCGAAGUGUGGUAUCGUUUUGAUCUUAUAGUGCCAAACAAGGUGAAUGUUCUUUUCCUGUUUACUAUUUCGCUCAAUGACCCGAGUUGCACGUUUCAUAGUCUGUUGUGGACAGCUAUUCAUUUAAAGCAAAAUAAAUAUGCAGUAUAUUCGCUAACUAUACAUUUGGUUUACAGGUCAUAUGUAGUGACAUUUUAAUCAGCAAAUGGCGCCAUUAUGGAAGAGUAACACUGUCAGUGCAGUGUCAAUACAUCCAGUGAGUGUGCCACACACUCACCAAGGCCUCAUUUAUACAUCAAUACAAUGCGUUAAUGUAUAAUGUAUAAGAAGACAAGGGGGCAUUGGAUCAAUUAUAUUUACAAAUACAUCCUCCUUGCCGACUAACACAAGUCACUCUCGUGCGCUUGCAUUUGGAAAUAGCAUAAUUCCUUAACUUUAACAACCAGGUUGCUUCAAAAAGUUAGAGCAAAAAAACAAUCUAGUCUGGGUCCUUAAUUGAGUUUGCUUCCAGACGAGUUUGUUUGGCUUCACUUCUGUAUUAUGACUUAUGUCAUUUAAAAGGCGAAUUUCAUGUACAGUAUACAAAUGAGUGUUUUCUAUAUAUCCUAUUUGUGGUGGUGUCAGUCAUAUAAUCAUUGUAUAAUUUGCAUAAUUGGCUAUGAUGCAUGUCUUUUCUAUCAAAAGCUAAUAAAAUGUUACUCUUAAAAACAAAACUGUGUUAUUAGUAUUAAGAUCAUUUUCUUGUUUGUCGUUCUGUUCUAUUUUUCCGUAUGAUGCUUUUUAUUACUGCUAUGUAACA